AUAAGUCGCAUAGAAAGCAUUUUGCAGAUGCUAAGGGUGGAUGGGAAUGACCGAGUGAAGUGUGCAUCUUACAUGCUGAGGAAAGAUGCUCGUAUCUGGUGGGAGGUGGUGGAACAAACAAAGGAUGUAGAUACCAUGAACUGGAACGAUUUCAAAAGGGUCUUUAAUGAGAAGUAUUAUAACUCAGCAGUUCUAGCAGCAAAGGUCGAUGAAUUUACUGGGUUAGUCCAAGGGAGUCUUACUGUGACUGAGUAUGCACAAAAAUUUGAUAGAUUGGCGAAAUUUGCUCCAGAUCUGGUACCUACUGAUAGAGUGCGAGCACAUCGAUUUGUGGAAGGCCUGAAACCAAUGGUUGCUCGAGAUGUGGAAAUUGUGUCAAGGGGUCAAUUCAGCUAUGCUCAAGUUGUCGAAAUGGCUCUUACGGCUGAGCGGAGUGAAAACAAAAUUUGGAAGGAAAAUGCUGCCAGGAGAGAAUCUAAGAAAGGUGGAGCCAAUUCUAAUGACCACAAGAAACGGGGACAGACCGGUCCGGCAGCCAAGUCAAGACAAGAGGUACAAAAGUGA